CAAAAAUACCUGCCCUCGAAAAAAACCUUUUCAACGCCUCGAAGUUUAUCACAAGCAUCCCGGCAACUCGUUCUUUCGACUGCAUUUAAGACCUUUGGUUCGAGAUCACCACGAAGCAUACUUCCUGGAGCUGCUUGAUCUCCGGCACCGCUGUUUCACAAUGUCUUCUAGCUGCAUGACGAUGCUGUCGGUGGUGGCAGCGUUGCUCGUGUGUGUAGAUGCGACUCGCGUAAAACGAGCAGACGACCGGCCAGAGCUCGAGGCCGUGGUCAACCAACUGUCGGAGCGACUGACACAGGCGACCGCUCAGCUGACUGCGCUUCAGGGACAGGUGUCUCAGCUGACUGCGCGAUUUCAAUCCUCCCAGACGCAAGUUGCCUUUAUCGCAUUUCACGGCGACGACCCCUUUAAUGUGGCCACGGAUGGCACGAUGAUGUACAACACGGCGCAGAUCAACAUCGGCGGUGCUUUCAACACCGUGACCGGAGUCUUCACGGCCCCCAUCGCCGGCCUCUACGUCUUUUUCGCCAACUGCAUGUCCGUUGCGACGACUGACCUCGACCUCGGCAUCCUGGUGGACGGCCAGAGAUACGGAGGGUGCUAUUCUUUCACCCAAGAAGGCAACGGCCAGGGUGCAAAUAUGGUCACUGUACACCUGACCCAAGGGCAGCAGGUGUGGGUGCAUAUGUACCGACCUUCCCGUACAGUAAGAGGCAACGUGUGGAAUUCUUUUUCCGGUUUCUUGGUCAAAACCGACUAAGAAGCGCAGCAAGAAAAGAACAUGAUCGAUUCUUGCCCGAGUUUUCUUUCUUGGUUCCUAAAGACAUAUAUUCAUGAUGCGCCGGCUCACACAUUAUCUGCAUUCCAAAAGGGCUUUUAUGCGAUCAAAAGGUUCUCUCAGCUGCAAAAAAAAAAAAAACAACCGAAACACACACACACACACAAAAUACUGAUAAGCAUGUAACGGAUAUAGAUGCAUCAAAAUAAACUGAAUGAAUCGCA